AUGAAUCACUUUCCCGAAGCUUGGGGUCGCCCUAGGGAUGACGUUUACGGACCCUACAACGCCUCAUACCUCCAGACAACUGGCCCGAAAACCCACACUCAGUCACCUGCUGUGACUGGUACGUCGGUAGUGGCAGUCAAGUUCAACGGCGGAGUUGCCAUUGCUGCCGAUAAUCUAGCAUCAUACGGGUCCCUUGCCCGCUUCACCGACGUGAAACGACUUCGCAAGUUUGGCGAUUCUGCCAUCAUCGGAUUCAGUGGUGACGUUUCGGAUAUGCAGUACAUUGACCGACUACUGGAGUCCAUCGACAUCAGAGAGAAUUACUCUACCCACGGAAACACGUUGAACGCCAAGAAUCUUCAUACUUAUCUGUCGAAAGUCUUCUACAAGCGCCGUUCUGAGUUCAACCCCCUCUGGAACCACGUCUUGGUGGCCGGGUUCGAUGGAGACAAGAAGCCAUUCCUCAGCUCAGCGGAUCUGCUGGGGACCACCUUCUCGGCUCCGCAUCUCGCGACCGGCUUUGGUGCCCAUCUUGCCGUCCCAAUCCUUCGCCGGCUGUUCCCAGAGGAAAGGCCUAUUGAGUCAAUCACCAAGGAUGAGGCCGUGGCGGCGCUAAGGGAAUGUAUCAAGGUUCUCUGGUACCGUGAUGCGCGGAGUCUGGACAAGUACUCCUUAGCUGUGAUUACUGAGGAGGGAGUUGAGAUCCAGGAGGACCAGCAAGUUGAAGCCCAGAGCUGGGCAUUCGCCGAGACCAUCAAGGGAUAUGGGGCUCAGGUUAACUAG